AUGGCAUCUCAGAAACUGGAAAGUCUCUACGUCGCGGCCACCUUCAAAGAGCUCGUGGAUCAAGCCCGUGACGUUCGUAAACAGCUCAACCGUCUCGAGAUUGGUCACUCGGCGUUAGAGCGCUACAUCGGCUGUCUGUCUGGCGAAACAAUCAUGAUUGAAGAAGAUUUAUCCACGUUACAGGAAUACUGUAUGCAAAACAAAGAUAUCUCCAGACGAGAUCCAGCGAUGGUCCUGGAUGUUAACUCAACAUUGUUCAUAACAAGCGUCACACUCUCCUACACACUGGCUGAAGCGACAAAGAGGAGCAUAGGGUCAACUACUUGGCGCCCCUCCCUUUACACGCGAUUCCUUAUGUCCUCUAAUAACAAGAGUCCCAAGUAUGAUGGAAUAGAUGGUUUUUUGUACCAAAUUUUUGGAUGCAGCAAUGCAUUACGAGUACUUUGCAGGCUACUCGAUCCAUUUGAGCGUGGUGGCCUGCACAAAGAGGAACUCUCCAAGUACAAAGAUUCUAUCAUAUCAAAACUCAUAGCAGACACGGCUUGCAGAUUUGGAACGACGUCGAGCUCACAACCAGACUAUGUAAGGUCUCUUUGGCCAAAACGCUCGAUUGUAUAUCCAUUGACCUCUGAGCUGAUGAGCUUUGGGCUAUCCCAGCAGCAAGUCCGAGAAGUCUACCGAAAGUCAAAUCAAAAGGCAUUCAUCAUUAAGCGUAUGAUCACCGCUUGGAAAUCCUAUGGAUCUGAAGAUGACUACCGCAACGCACUGGUCACUUUGGUCCAAAACGAUGGAGAUAUCCAAGCGACAGAUGAAAUGUUAACCAUGCUCCUGUCUCAUGGGCGGGAUCUAUAUAGCGUUCUCCUCAAAGCCCUGCAGAGUCACGGUUAUAGAUAUGGCAAUGUCGUUCAAUGGCUUUCAGAUGCUUUGUAUCUGACAGGGCUUGACCAAUCUAGGAGCUCCUCUUUCGAACAUAAUGUCCGUCGCCAUCUUCACAAUGCACUAGUUGCAAACCAGUAUCGAGUCGACACAAUUCGCAACGACUUGGCCAACAUUCAAGGCAUUGAACCGGAAAACCGGUCACUUUAUGCUCAAAGCGCGUUCAGAAAUCCCAUCAACAAAGACACGCGCUUUUCUCCAGUUCUAUACCUACAAAGCUGGGAGUACCACAAGUAUAAGAUGCUCGAGGUUCGAUUGAGUGCCGUAACCGCACAGUCUUAUGCAGCACAACUCGGGCUGCAAUGGACCUUUGAGGAGGCACUGCUCGCUCUCAGCGACUAUUCGUUCAAUAUAGGGGCACUCACUGAAGCACUAUGUAGGAUCGGCGAUGACUUCAAGCACGUUAUUUUAGGGCUCAUUGAGCGCAAUAUUGCACUUCAUUCGAUCCCUAGAAUGAUAUCGGCAGCGGAAAGUUUAGCUAACAGGAUGGGUACCCACUGGCGGGUUGAAGGACUUGCGAGAUUUGCACAAAGAUGCGAUUUCGACCUCGAAUUUAUGCUCAAUACGCGGAACUGGCUUGAAGCUGGGUUUCCAGCCCCGUUUGUUGAGAGUAGGCUCUGUUGGGAUUGGCUCGCCUUCAACGGCUUCGACCUUGCAAUGACAAUGCAAGAUGCAGUGCAUGCUAAGCAAGAAUUUCUUUCCUGGGGAAGAGCUCGCAGACGGGAUCAUGUUCGUAGGCUCAGGAACUUCGGGGGAGAUGAACGCCAGCUGGUUUACUACGGGUCAUUUUAUGACACUCUAUUCUAA